UUGAGUGAGAGAACUCAUGCCAUCUCUAAAUAUCCCUCACCAGAGAGGAGAGGGGAGGACAAAUAUCAUCAUGCCAAACAAACAUAUUUAUAUGGUUCAAAUACAUUACUAUGCCUUGAGGAGCAAGCGUAUGAAUCUAUACCAAAUCGAAAUUAAUGAGUAUAUAAAUUGAAAAUUUGUGUACAGAUUAGUCUAUACUUCUCCCUUGUACAAAGCAAUAAGAAGAUCCCAACCAAAAUGAAAUUAUUGGGGGUAGGCAAUGUCAUGAUGGUUCUCAAAUUCUAUUGAAGACAAAUCCGCACCCCACCACACCAAUACCCCCCAAAACAUUCUUUCCUUUCAAGUCCCUCAAACAUGGCCUUCAAAGUGAAGGCAACAACCAAUGCCAUAGUUCCGAUCAUCGAUGCUUCAUUUCGAUCAUUUUUUAAUGUAGGUGAUUAGUUAAAUUCAUUAUGACGAACACAUUAUUAGGCCCUUAAAUGAAAUUUAAUUUCAUAAUUAAGGAGUAUUUUUCUCUAAAUUUAGUUUGAGGGUGCUUCUUGUUAAUUUAAAAAUAACAGUAAGGACCAAACGCACUUUUCUGAAGCUCCAACCGCCACUUCAAAAGCUAUGCAAGUCCAAAAGAUUUAUAAAGAGGUCCUACACAGACAGCCUCUCCAAUUCUCACAACCCAUCCAAAAACAAACAUAUUUGGUUCCUUCCAGCUUCCACAGGCCAUGUCUUUGCUAGAGAGAGCUGUAGUUGUGCUCAUGGUGAUGGCUGUGCUGCAUUUUUCCGAUGCAGCUGUGCACAAGGUUGGGGACUCUGCAGGUUGGACCACCAUUGGUAAUGUGGACUACAAGCAGUGGGCUGCUGCUAAGACCUUUCGAGUUGGUGACAUUAUCAUUUUCAAGUACAACGCCCAAUUUCACAACGUGAUGCGAGUAACGCAUGCAAUGUACAGGACGUGCAAUGUUUCAACUCCUUUGGACACCUUUACCACCGGAAACGACUCAAUUACUAUCACCAGUAAAGGUCACCACUUCUUCUUCUGUGGCGUCCCAGGUCAUUGCCAAGCUGGCCAGAAGGUUGACAUUAAUGUUAUGCCUCACAAUCAUUUGACUGCUCCAACUCCAUUUGCAUCAGUAUCUCCUCUAGCCCCUGCCAUCGGCGUGCCCGUUCCUUCUCCCAGCAAGGCUGCUCCAUUGAAUGUUUUAGAGGGUGGUUUUGAUUUGCUUGGGUUGGCUAUGGCAUUUAUUGCUCCUUUUGUUUGUGGAUUUGCUUAAUCAAGGUUUUUUUUUUUGUGGGAUCUGCGGGAAUUUCAUUGUUUUGAGAUUUGUGAGGUAAUAAUUUAGAUUGUGGUAAAUGUUGAUACUCGUUGAUUAAAUCAUACAUAAACACGUGUUACAAAUGUCCCAUAAUUGUAAUUCUUGCCUUUCUGGACUAAGACAUGACACCAAUAUCCCUUGUAAUAUGAUGUUAUAUAGAUUCACAAGGUUUUGAA